UGGCAGGCCGUGUGUGUCAGUAACAUCGCCCCUGCUUUAUAAGACUCAGCAGCUGGGCGUUCUGCAUGUGUUCGUCCGAACGGGCAGCGGACGGCUCAUGUGCUGCGUUUAUUCCGCUGGACUUUCCCUGUCUUGAGCGCCGCUGUCAGUGUGUUAAAGAAGCGAUGAACGCAGAUGUCACGUCUCUGUGUCUGGAGAGGCGCUGGAGUCAAGAAGAGCCUGCCGAUCAAUCUUCCGCUCACGUGGUGCGUUGUGAGGCCGAAAGGUUCGAGAGCGGCGGCGAGGUCGGGCACUCCUCAAGAGUAUUGAGCAAGAAACCGCUGGCUGAUAACCCCUCGCUGUGAAGGAAACAUUCUGAUGUUCGGAGUGGAUUACGGAGCUGGAAAAAAGUCAUGUGUGGCCCUGGAGCACAAAACCAGUUCAUUUUUAUACUUCAUCUAUAAGCUGAAUAAAUAAUCUUUCCAUUGAUGUCUGGUUUGUUAGGAUAGAGUAAUACAAUUAUUAGAAAAUCUAAAUAUUGAGAAAAUUAAGUUCACUUAAAAAACGUCAUUCAUUGAAUUUACUAAAUGUUUUUAAGGUAAGUGGUUGCGAUCAACUUAUUUGAGCUACAUCUAAAUAAACAAUUUUAGUUGACACAUUUUUAUAUAUUUUUAUUAAAUGGUGCUAGAAUUGGUUGCAACCUUUUACCCCCAAACAUUUUAGUCUAAUGUUGUUUAAAUGAAGCAAUGCAUAUUACUAAUAAAAAGUGAAGUCUUGAUAUAUUUACAGUAGGACAUUUACCAAAGGUCUUCAUGGAACAUGAUCUUUACUUAAGAUCCUAAUGAUUUUUGGCCUAAAAGAAAACCCAUGCGAUGUACUGUCUGUGCUCCAGGGACACGCGUGCUGUGUUUAGAGCCGCUGCUAAAAGAAGAUGAAACUCAACAGAAGUGAAACACAGGUUAGAUCCCGAUGAUCAGCGGUCGAGACGGGCCGAGAGCGACGGACAGGACCCGGCCGAAGCCUGCCAGCCGUAAACACUCUCAGACCAUCGUCCGCGGGAGCCAGCCGCCGAAGGACGCCUCCAUCAACGGCCUGCUGGAGGAGUUUGACAGCAUCUCCGUCACCCGCUCCAACUCUCUGAGGAAAGAGAGUCCGCCGGGAGCCCAUCAGCCCGGCGGGAGCAAACCAGCAUCUGCUUCCACGUCCAACGCCGGCGGACCCGAGGAGAACGGCUUCGGACACUAUUACGGCCGCUUCUCAUGCGACCUGGACAGUAGUAAAGACUUCUCUCUAGAGGCGUACCGUGAGCGAGCCGUCCACGAUGGCGACUGGGCAGUCGGGCGGCACUACCGCUUCUCUCUCAGACAGAACGGCCAUCCCAUUCGCAGCCCUUUCUAUCCUGACGCCAUGCCGCAGAAGUCCUCCGACUACGCCAAAAUGCCGCCCGACUACCACGCCUACCUGGAGAGCAAGAUGCGGCUGUCCAGCGAUGAGAUGGCCAUGGGCGGCCGCAGGGAAUACUACCGCGCCUCUCUGGGGGGAUCCAGCCAGGACUACCGGGAGCAUCCGCUGGGAACGCCGUCGCGUGUCUCCAUCCACAGCGAGCAGAUGAGCUACCCCGACGGAGACUGGGGGUACGGAGCGGGAUUGAGAGACGAAUACGACAAGAGGCCCAAGUCCUCGUACAUCGGUCAGACGAGCCCCCAGCCGGCCAUUCGUCAGCGCUCGCGCUCGGGGUCGGGCCUGCAGGAGCCCAGCCUGCCCUACGGCAUCAGCGCGUUCAGAGCGGCUCCGCAGGGGCCCUACAGCUCCUACACGUACCCAAGACUGUCCGAGAACACGUCCUCACUCGUCAUGGGCAAGGGCGAGUAUGAGCGCGGGGCCCGUGAGGGGAGCCCACAGGGGCCGGGGCCCGAGACGUAUCAGCGCGUUCCCCUCAAACUACCUCAGAGCCACGGCAAGCCCGGUUACCCGGCGGGUCUCCAGUACCACUACCGGCCGGCACAGCCCAGUCCUCCCUACACCCCGCAGGGAGCGCACUCGCAGCCCUCCUCGCCCUUCACCCCGGGCCCCGGGGCCUAUCCACCGCCCAGCUGGGGCUCGGCCUCCGAGCAGCCGCCUUGCAGGGUUUCUCACGAACAGUUCCGGGCGGCGCUGCAGCUGGUGGUCAACCCGGGAGACCCCCGCGAGUACCUGGACAACUUCCUGAAGAUCGGCGAGGGAUCCACGGGCAUCGUGUGCAUCGCCACCGAGAAGCACAGCGGCAAACAGGUGGCCGUGAAGAAGAUGGACCUGAGGAAACAGCAGCGGCGCGAGCUACUCUUUAAUGAGGUGGUCAUCAUGAGAGACUACCAUCACGAGAACGUGGUGGACAUGUACAACAGUUACCUGGUCGGGGAUGAACUCUGGGUGGUGAUGGAGUUCCUAGAGGGCGGGGCCUUGACGGACAUCGUCACUCACACCAGGAUGAAUGAGGAGCAGAUCGCCACGGUCUGUCUGUCGGUGCUGAAGGCGCUCUCUUAUCUUCACACUCAGGGCGUCAUACACCGAGACAUCAAGAGCGACUCUAUCCUGCUGACCAGCGAUGGACGGAUCAAGCUCUCGGACUUCGGCUUCUGUGCUCAAGUGUCUAAAGAGGUUCCCAAGAGGAAGUCUCUGGUGGGAACGCCGUACUGGAUGGCUCCGGAGGUCAUCUCCAGACUGCCCUACGGCACGGAGGUGGACAUCUGGUCUCUGGGCAUCAUGGUGAUCGAGAUGGUGGACGGAGAGCCGCCGUACUUCAACGAGCCGCCGCUGCAGGCCAUGAGACGGAUACGAGACAACCUGCCCCCGCGACUCAAGGAGUCUCACAAGGUGUCCUCGGUUCUGCGGGCGUUCCUGGACCUGAUGCUGGUUCGAGAGCCGUCUCAGAGGGCCUCGGCCCCGGAGCUGCUCCAGCACUCGUUCCUGAAGCUGUCGGGGCCCCCGGCCUGCAUCGUCCCUCUGAUGCGUCACUACCGCCACCGCUAGUCUCAGACGUCUUCUCACGCUAAUGAGAAGAUGUAUUUUAGAGCAAUUGUAAGUUUUACUUGUACAGUUUUGAUAAACGGCAGUAUUUUUGUUGUGAUGUCACCAUGGUGAAAUGGGCAGUAUUACCUAGAACCUGAGAGUUUCUGCAAAAUAACCACAACAAUAAUUAUAGACUUUCCUACUGUUUAUAUUUGGUUUUUUUGAAGAUGGCCAUUGCAGACAGAUGAAUCCGAAUAUAUUUAUUUAUUCUACGUUUGUAGGUCGCGCCAGAGUUUUCUACGCUGGUUUGGUUCUGGUUUUCAGUAGUGUGGCCUUUUCACGCUCAUUCUCACGCGCGAUCUCUAGCAAUAUUCGGCACAAUCCUCGCGUGUUUCCUCGUGGCGUCUCACCCGUGUCUCAUGGCUCACUGUGAUGAUCUGGAAAUGCGUGUUUCUGUAGGACUCUUCAGAUCCGCUGUCGCGUCGCUUUUGUACGGUGAUCCUGCAUGUGUGUCACUAAGAGCUGCUUUCAAUAAAAAAACACAAACGCA